AUGAACACAUCACUACCUAUCAACAGAGGCCGGGACCGGAGCAAAAAUCUCACUUCGUCACCCCCCAAACAGCCACCGCAGCCCCAACCGCCACCAACCAUCCCCGGCAAGGAGAAGAAAGACGAGAAAGAGGAGGACGAAGAAGUACCACCCGAUAUGAACAAAUCAAACCCCCGUUUGCUAGUCAACAGAGAGAGUAUCUACGAACGCCAGCUUCCAGGUGAUGCAUAUAUCACAGUCUACGUCCAGCGACUGCAACACGGCUAUUACUCCAGCACAGCAGUCUCCGACACCGAGGCCGAACAUGUCGAUUUCCUAGCCCUUAGUUUUGUAUUUCAUUCCCCUCACACUCUCUCCCACCGAUUUAAAUCCGCCACGAUCCGCACUUCUAUCCAAGGAACCGACCAGCUAGCAACAGAUGCGACAUCAAGCCCCAAAUGCCGUCCUAAUAGAAACCCACGCAUCUUGAUGCAUGCACCUCACCUAAUCUACGGCACUGUUUCACCCGAGACAAUGGAAUGGACCUUCAGUCUCGCCGGCUCGAUCGGUAUAUCCGAGACUCCGCUCAGCGCCAACCUAAUCCCUUCCGGCAGCGUCAAUAGUCGGUAUCGUCGGUACGAAAUGAUGCGUAUCCAAGGCUCAGCGCGCACUCUGAAGAGCCCGCGGGGUCCGCAAUUCGAUAUCGAGGCUGGUGAGGUGGUCUGGUCUCUUGAAGAGAACAAUCUUCAGCGCUCGGGUCUGCCGCGCGAGUUUACAUUCGUCAUGUUGAUUCAGAAGCCGUCUUCCAAGUCUCGGAUCAAGCUGUCUCUUGAAAUUGACCCGGUCAUACAAUCCUGGUGGGGAAACUACCCAAACUGGUCACUGAAUCUGCCUUCCUAUCGACCAGUAAAACGUCGCGACGUUGAUUUCAACAAGGAAGUCGGGCAACGGUUCGAGCCGCUCGACACGGAACGCGGCUUCAAUUUCGCCGCCCUUGUCAGCAGAUUCGAUGAUUAUAUCGCUUUACCAGGAAGGAAAUUCAGCCGGAGGGUAUGUUAG